AUCGUCUCCUUCCUUCUUCUUUCUAGGGUUUCUUCCUCCUCCGCCAAUACGUGAUCGAAGGCCAAAUCCUCCGGUAGAGAAUCAACAACCGUUUAAAAAUGGCGAAGAAUCGAGUAACCGCGAUGUCACUCGAAUCCUUCGUCUCAACAAUGGCGCCACUCAUAGACAUGGAGAAAGAAGCGGAGAUAUCAACGUCCCUAACCACAGGCGCCUCCCGAAACAUCGAAACCGCUCAGAAGAAAGGCACAACGAUCCUAAACCUAAAAUGCGUUGAUGUAACAACCGGUCUAAUGGGGAAAUCUCUCCUGGAGUUCCAAUCCACCAAAGGAGACGUCCUUCCCCCUCACAAAUUCGGUAACCACGACGUCGUCGUUUUGAAGCUCAACAAAUCGGAUAUCUCCUCGUCUCCUUUAGCUCAAGGAGUGGUGUAUAGACUCAGAGAUGCUUCUAUAACGGUUGUGUUCGAGGAAGUUCCUGAGGAAGGUUUGAAUAUGUCUCUGAGAUUGGAGAAGCUUGCUAACGAGGUGACGUAUAGGAGAAUGAAAGAUACGUUGGUGAUGUUGAGUAAAGGUGUGUUGAGAGGACCUGCUUCUGAUUUGGUUCCUGUUUUGUUCGGCGAGAGAAGUCCAUCGCUUGCUAAGAAAGAAGUUGAGUUUAGUGCGUUUAACAAGAAUCUAGAUCAGUCUCAGAGAGACGCGAUUUCGAAGGCGUUGUCUUCGAAGGAUGUGUUUUUGCUGCACGGUCCUCCGGGGACUGGGAAGACGACGACUGUUGUGGAGAUUAUCUUACAGGAAGUGAAACGCGGGUCGAAGAUUCUGGCGUGUGCGGCUUCGAAUAUCGCUGUUGAUAACAUUGUUGAGAGGCUUGUUCCUCAUAAGGUGAAGCUGGUGAGGGUUGGACAUCCUGCUAGGUUGUUGCCUCAAGUGUUGGAUAGUGCUUUGGAUGCUCAGGUUCUUAAGGGGGAUAACAGCGCGUUGGCGAAUGAUAUUAGGAAGGAGAUGAAGGCGUUGAAUGGGAAGCUGCUGAAAGCGAAGGAUAGGAACACGAGGAGAGGGAUACAGAAGGAUCUUCGAGCUUUGGGGAAAGAAGAGCGUAAGAGACAGCAGUUAGCUGUUUCGGAUGUGAUUAAGAACGCUGAUGUGAUUCUCACGACUUUGACUGGUGCAUUGACACGGAAGCUUGAUAAUAUAAGUUUUGAUUUGGUGAUUAUUGAUGAAGGAGCACAGGCUCUUGAGGUUGCUUGUUGGAUCGCUUUGCUUAAGGGUUCGAGGUGUAUACUUGCGGGAGAUCAUCUCCAGCUCCCACCGACGAUUCAAAGCGCUGAAGCUGAGAGGAAAGGGUUGGGCAUAACAUUGUUUGAGCGGUUAGCCGAUCUAUAUGGAGAUGAGAUUAAGUCUAUGCUUACUGUUCAGUAUCGUAUGCAUGAGCUUAUUAUGAACUGGUCUUCUGAAGAGCUUUAUGAUGGGAAGAUAACAGCGCAUUCAAGUGUUGCUUCUCAUAUGCUUUUUGAUUUGGAGAAUGUAGAGAAAUCUUCAGCAACAGAGGCGACUUUGCUGUUGGUAGAUUCAGCUGGGUGUGACAUGGAAGAGAAGAAAGAUGAGGAAGAGAGUACUUACAAUGAAGGUGAAGCAGAGGUUGCGAUGGCACAUGCCAAGAGACUAAUCAAGAGUGGAGUUCAUCCUUGUGACAUUGGAAUCAUUACACCUUACGCUGCUCAGGUUAUGGUGCUUAGGAUUCUUAGGGGUAAAGAGGAGAAGCUAAAGGAGAUGGAGAUCUCCACGGUGGAUGGGUUCCAAGGUCGAGAGAAAGAAGCUAUCAUCAUCUCCAUGGUUAGAUCAAACUCAAAGAAGGAAGUUGGGUUUUUAAAAGACCAAAGGAGAAUGAACGUGGCUGUUACUCGCGCUAGAAGACAGUGUUGCGUCGUCUGUGAUACAGAGACAGUGAGCAGUGAUGCGUUUCUGAAACGUAUGAUUGAAUACUUUGAGGAACAUGGGGAGUAUCUAAGUGCCUCAGACUACACCAAUUGGUAAGGCGCAGUUCAUAGGUUUGUGAAGAGCGAAGUCUUCUUGGUUAGCAUAGUUUCAGACCUUGUGGCAUUACUUGUCUGCAUACCAUGAACAUGUUUUUACCUUCUUCGCAUAGCUUUGAUGAAAGUCUUUGGGCCCUCGGGCAUUAAUAUGGUUUUAUGGCUUUGUUGUGUGCUUGCUUGUGUUACCAUAUGAUUACUUAAUUUAACCCUGAAGUUAAAACACUCUAAAAGUUUAGGUUGGUAUAAUUAGAUGGUCCAUACCAAGCCCC